AUGAAUGGAUUGUAUUUGGAAGAAUACCCAGAAUCCCCGGUGUCCAGUGAUUCCGGGUCGGCACCACAGGGCGCCUGGGGGUGGCCAAAUACCAUCAUCGACUCUCCUGGAUUAGUUGGAGCUCCAAUUUCAAGUGCAACAUUGUCAGGAGGUCCAUCUUCUUGGGAUGCUCAACUGAGCGCUGACGACCUGGCACUUAUCCAAGAUUCGCUCCAAAGCCAAGGUAUGUUUCUUGGAACCCCGCUGCAAAAAUUUUGCGAACCCAUGGCCCCCCUCAACUCUCGAUUAUGUGCAUUGACUCUCGAGGAACAGGCCAAACAGCAACAGCAACAGCAACAGCAGUAUCUGAGGUACUUUUAUCCAAACAGAGGAGUAACCGCCAUUGUUCUCGCACCAAAGACAUUUGCACACACAUUUGCACGGCCGUGGGUUUCGGCGGCCGCAAGACGCGGAGUUGUUGAGCGUCCUCAGCGGCUUGUGGCUUGCGGUAUUGGGAUUGGUGCUGCACUUUCUUUACAUUAUUCAAGCCAGUCUGGAAUAGGUUCUAUUCCCCCCGAACCAUCAUUGUCAUCUUUGGCCAGUUCUCCAGAUGUGGUGGUUAAAACAUGUGUGCGACAAGUGGAUUUGCGCAAAUGUACACACGUCGCUAAAGUUCAUGGCCCCCAGUGGGCACACGAUAUGUACGCACUAUGUGAAACAGCAAGCGCAAAACUGGCCUCUGGAACACUUGAAGUGCCUGCAGCAUGGCCCUGUGGUGACAUGUACUUGUGCGCGGGGACUGCAUCUGCGCUGGAAAAUGUGGUUGGUGCACUUGAAAACGGUGUUGACUUGCUGUUUAGUGAUUCAGAAAAAAAUAGUGACGGUAAUCAUGAUGAUGAUGAUGAUGAUGCUGAUGUUGAUGGUGACAAUGAUGAGAAUAAGGACCAGGUAGAUCGGGCGUUUAUUGUAGUGCGGCCGCCGGGACACCACGCGCGGCGCGGGACGCCGUCUGGGUUUUGUGUGAUGAAUAAUGUUCAUGUGGGAAUUCAAUAUGCUGAGCAAACCUAUGGUAUUACACAUGUGGCGGUGAUUGAUUUUGAUUUACACCAUGGAGAUGGGACUCAGGCGUUAUGUUUUGAGCUGGCGAAAAAGGAAAAUGAAGAGGGUAGAGUCAUAAUGGGAUAUUUCAGUGUACAUGAUAUCGAGUCAUUUCCAGCGGAAGACCAAGGACUAGAAGCUGUUGCAGCAGCAUCGCUAAAACAAGUGGACACUAUAGAUUGUGAUGGAAGAGCAACAGGGUCUGGGCCAUGUGUGUGGAACGUGCACUUGGACCCAUGGGGGUCUCAAGGCGGAGCAGCUGGAGAGUCUACAUUUUGGGAAGCCUACGAGACCAAAUAUAAGCAGAUUGUGGAUCAGGCUGAAGAGUUUUUAAGGCGCGAGUACAUGAAGUAUUGGAGAGGUAAUAGUAGUGGAACUGGAGAGAAGCAACAAAACAUAGAAUUUCAGCCACUGGUGGUUGUAUCUGCUGGGUUUGAUGCAUCAGAACAUGAGGCUGCUGGAAUGCGAAGACAUGGUGCUUGCGUGCCGACUCAGUUUUUCGAGCGUGUGACUACAGACAUUGUUUCAAUGGCUACAAAACUUGGACAUGAGUUUGGAAUUGGACCACAGAUUAAGAUUCUGUCGGUGCUGGAAGGCGGGUAUGCUGACAAGGCAUUAGCCACUGGGGUUUUUGCACACCUGACGGGGCUUUUAGGUAGUAGGAAAGAAUUCCCUAGUGGAGAAACCCAAGACCAGAAGUACGAUAUUGGUAACCCAUUUGUGGCGAAUGAAUUGGAGCGGGCAUGUCGCGGGAGAUGGAACGUGGGGUCGGUGCGUGGGGCUUUAAGCGGAAGGCGCAAAGUGUCGGGGCCCGCAGCCGCAUGGGUUGCGCGAGCUAGUGGAGAGGAACGCGAGCGGGUUGCGAGGUGGCUAGAGCGCGGGCUGGUUGCAGGGCGGGAUAUUUGGGGGGAUGAUUCUGUGUACCGGGAAUGGCGGUUAUACCAGGGUCGGUCUGAUGGAGGGAGAGAGGUGCCUAUAGCCAAUGACCGUGUUUUAAGAAGCAAUCAUCAUAGACGAGAAAAGCAACAACAGCAAGUAGUUUUAAGCUAA